CCCCUCAGCGGAGCCGGAGCCCACCCCCGCCCUUCCUGCGCAACGAGCAGAGUAAAACCAGCUUGGUUGAGAGAAACAGAGCAAGGACCCACGGAGCUCAGAGAAAGAGGGAACGACAACUGGAGCCUGCGAUUAACUCUCCUUUUAUUUAUUUUUCCCUGCAAGAAAAGAAAGAAAAAAAAAUUCCGUACACAACUGAAGUAUUUAUUUCGUCCGUAUGGAAAACGACUUGAGGGUCCUGCGAAUCCAGACUCAAGAGGAGGUUCACCUGGAAAUCUCCAGACUGCACCAAACGGCUUCAAGUUUUCUCUGUGCGGAGUGAAUCUGCUCCCACGUCCAAAGCGGACCAAUGAUGUCCUUAAUGGUUCACCUGAAGACGGCGGAUCACCUGCGCGGGAGAGGUGACCGGAUCGCCAAAGUUACGUUCAGAGGUCUGCCCUUUUACAGCCGAGUGGUGGAAAACUGUGAGGAGGUGGCCCAUUUUAAUGAGGUGUUUCGGUGGCCCAUCGCCAGCAGGCUGGACGGAAACGAGAUGCUGGAGAUUCAAGUGUUCAAUUACAGCAAAGUCUUCUCUAACAGACUGGUGGGGACUUUCUGCAUGGUUCUUCAGAAAGUGGCAGAAGAAGGGCACCUGGAGCUGACCGACACACUCAUUGAUGAUAACAACACAUCAAUAAAGACCAGCGUCACCAUAGAGAUCAAAUACCAGCCGAUGGACGGCUCAGUGGGCGUGUGGAGCGACGGCGAGUUUCUGGAUGUCCCUGAUGACCGUGAUGGGAUUUUUGCUUUUGAGACCGACAGCUUACUGUCAGGACAAAGCCACGGCUCAGGGACGUCUCCUGGACGAUCGCUCCAGGGAUCAAUACCCACCUUCAGAAAAGCAGGGAAGGGAGUUUUCUCAGCCAUGAAGCUCGGAAAGAUCAAGAGCCACAAAGACGACCACAAGAAAGGAGCGGACGAGCCAGCCGUGCUGGACAUGGAGGACCUGGACAGGAAAGCAAUGCGCCUGGCGGGAACGCUGGACCCAGACACCAUUUCUCUGGCCUCCGUCACCGCCGUCACAACUAACGUCUCCAACAAGAGGUCAAAGCCAGAUAUCAAAAUGGAGCCGAGCUCAGGACGACCUGUGGAUUAUCAGAUCAGCAUCACCGUGAUCGAGGCCCGGCAGCUCAUCGGUCUCAACAUGGACCCCGUGGUGUGUGUGGAGAUCGGAGACGACAAGAAGUACACGUCCAUGAAGGAGUCCACCAACUGUCCGUACUAUAAUGAGUAUUUUGUAUUUGAUUUUCACGUUCCUCCUGACGUCAUGUUUGACAAGAUCAUCAAACUGUCAGUUAUCCAUUCAAAGAAUCUUCUGCGGAGCGGGACAUUGGUGGGAACGUUCAAGAUGGACGUUGGGACCGUUUACUCUCAGCCUGAGCACCAGUUCUACCACAAGUGGGCCAUCCUGUCCGACCCCGACGACAUCACCGCCGGGUGCAAAGGUUACGUCAAGUGCGACAUCGCCGUGGUCGGGAAGGGCGACAACAUCAAGACCCCUCAUAAGGCCAAUGAGACGGAUGAAGACGAGAUAGAGGGAAAUCUCCUGCUCCCAGAGGGAAUCCCAGCAGAGAGACAGUGGGCGAGGUUUUAUGUGAAGAUCUACCGGGCCGAAGGACUCCCCAAAAUGAACACCAGCAUCAUGGCCAACGUGAAAAAGGCUUUCAUCGGAGAAAACCGAGAUCUGGUGGACCCCUACGUUCAAGUCCAGUUUGCUGGGCAGAAGGGAAAAACCUCAGUCCAGAAAAGCAGCUAUGAGCCAAUCUGGAACGAGCAGGUCAUCUUCACGGAGCUGUUCCCUCCGCUCUGCAAAAGGCUGAAGGUUCAGAUCAGAGACUCGGAUAAGGUCAAUGACGUUGCCAUUGGAACUCAUUUCAUAGACCUCCGCAAGAUAUCAAAUGACGGUGAUAAAGGGUUUUUGCCCACCAUGGGUCCAGCCUGGGUCAACAUGUACGGCUCCACCCGUCAGUACACGCUGAUGGACGAGCACCAGGACCUGAACGACGGGCUCGGGGAGGGAGUGUCCUUCAGAGCCCGUCUGCUGGUGUCCGUCGCUGUGGAGAUCCUGGACACAACCUCGCCCGAGAUCAUCAGCUCCACCGAGGUUCAGGUGGAGGGCGUGUCCAACAUCUCCGAGAGCGCCACGGGAAAGAUGGAGGAGUUCUUCCUCUUUGGGUCGUUUCUGGAGGCGACCAUGAUCGACAGAAAGAUCGGCGACAAACCGAUUACUUUUGAAAUCACAAUAGGUAACUAUGGCAACCAGAUAGACGGCGUGAGCAAACCUUCAGGGGGGAAGAAGAAGAAGAAAGAUGGAGACAACGAAGAAGAGGAGAACGAGCUGAUCCAAAACUCCAGCGAGGACGAGGCGGACGAAGACGCAGACCUGGUCUCCGUCUCCUCCACUCCUCUGAUGAGGCCUGUCAUCACCGACAGGAACUACUUCCAUCUCCCUUAUUUUGAAAAGAAGCCGUGUGUCUACAUCAAGAGCUGGUGGCAGGACCAGAGGAGACGACUCUACAACUCCAACAUGAUGGAUAAGAUUGCAGACAAGCUGGAAGAGGGUGUGAACGAUGUUCAGGAGAUUAUUAAGACUGAGAAGGCUUUUCCUGAGCGCAGACUCAGGGGAGUGCUGGAGGAGCUCAGCAUCGGCUGCAGUCGGUUCGUGGCACUGGCGAACAAAGAUGUAAACCAGGCAGGCAGAACCAAACUCGACCGAGAGCGACUCAAGUCCUGCAUGAGAGAGAUGGACAGCAUGGGCCAGCAGGCCAAACAGAUUCGCACUCAGGUCAAGAAAAACACCGUUCGAGACAAACUGAAGCUGGUGCAGAUCUUCUUGCAGAGGCUGCGAUUCCUUGCUGAUGAGCCUCAGCACAGCAUCCCGGACGUGUUUGUCUGGAUGAUGAGCAACAACAAGCGCAUUGCUUACGCCCGCAUUCCCUCCAAAGACAUUCUCUACUCCAUUGUAGACGAGGAAACUGGAAAAGACUGCGGAAAAGUCAAAGCUGUCUUCCUUAAGCUGCCUGGUAAGAAAGGAUUCGGUCCUGCAGGAUGGACCGUUCAGGCUAAGCUGGAGUUGUAUCUGUGGCUGGGCCUCAACAAGCAGCGAAAGGACUUCCUCAGCGGUCUGCCUAACGGUUUUGAGGAGAUCAAAGCCGCUAAAAUGGGCCCGGGCCUUCACGCCGUCCCCCCUGUCAGCCUCGUCUACAACAUGAAGCAGGUGUUUCAGCUGAGAGCGCACAUGUACCAGGCUCGAAGCCUGUUCGCGGCUGACAGCAGUGGCCUUUCGGACCCCUUCGCCCGGGUCUUUUUCUCCUCGCACAGCCAGGUCACCGAGGUUCUGAGCGAGACUCUUUGCCCUACGUGGGACCAGCUGCUGGUUUUUGACGACGUUGAGCUGUUCGGGGAGGCGAGCGAGCUGAGAGACGACCCUCCAAUCAUCGUGGUUGAAAUCUACGACCAGGACACCGUGGGUAAGGCGGAGUUCAUAGGACGGACGUUCGCGAAGCCCACCAUCAAGAUGUGCGACGAGCAUUACGGCCCCCCGAGGUUCCCGCCGCAGCUGGAGUACUACCAGAUCUACCGGGGGAACUGCACAGCCGGGGAGCUGCUGGCCGCCUUCGAGCUGCUGCAGAUACCCUUCGAUGCGGAGGAGAUCAGGCGAGCUCUGAUCGCUGUCCAUAACUUUGCUGUUCCUCAAAUAAAGAUCGGUCAGGGCGGCAGAGCUGACCUUCCCCCCCUUGAAGGGCCGACAGACUCGGAGCGCGGCCCAAUCCUCCCUGUGCCGCUGGGCAUCCGGCCGGUCCUGAGCCGCUACCGCAUCGAGGUUUUGUUCUGGGGUUUAAGGGACCUAAAGAGAAUCAACUUAGCACAGGUGGACCGGCCCCGAGUGGACAUCGAGUGUGCAGGCAGAGGCGUUCAGUCUGUCCUCAUCCAAAACUACAAGAAGAACCCAAACUUCAGCACGCUGGUCAAAUGGUUUGAGGUGGAUCUUCCGGAAAAUGAGCUCCUGCAUCCGCCCCUCAACAUCCGCGUGGUGGACUGCAGGGCGUUCGGCCGCUACAUCCUGGUGGGCUCCCACGCCGUGAGCAGCCUGAGACGCUUCAUCUACAGCACGCCCGACAAGUCCUCCACCAACUGGGCCACCGCAGCUAAGCUAAUGAAUGGCUACAUGGUCCUAACCAAUGGUGGCUCCCAACCCCGCUCCUCACCCAGCCUCUCUUCCCGCACCUUUUCUCGCCCCGCAGGUGACAUCCUCGUCAAUAUGGACGGCGAGCCACCGGUCCGAAAGAUGGACACAGUCGUCAAAUUAGAUGCAAUGUCUGAUGCUGUAGUGAAGGUUGACAUGACUGAGGAAGAGAGCGACAAGGACAAAAAGAAGAAGAAGAAGAAAAAGAAGGGAGGAGUGGAGGAGGACGACGAGACAGACGAGAGUGUGCUGGACUGGUGGUCUAAAUAUUUUGCCUCAAUAGAGACGAUGAAGGAGACCCUCAGAGCCCAGGAGGCGGCUCAAGCCGAGGCGGACGAGCGAGAGGACCUUGAGAUAGCAGCUGAAGCGGCAGAUGUCAAACCAGAUGACCUUCUCCUAAAAGGCUCAAAGAUGAAGGAAAAGAGCAAAGAGAAGAAGAGCGCCAAGGACAAGAAGAAGGGUCAGGCUGCAGACGGCGCCGAGAAGCGACCAGUCAAAGCGAGAGUGGACGAGCUGGUGGUUUACAAUAAGGAGCUGGAGACUGAGUACGGAAACUUUGAAGACUGGCUUCACACUUUCAACUUGUACAGAGGAAAGGCUGGAGAUGACGAUGAGCACGCUUUGGAUGACGACCGGAUUGUUGGAAGAUUCAAGGGAUCCUUGUGCAUGUACAAGCUGCCGCUGUCUGAGGAGAUCACCAGAGAGGCUGGGUUCGAUCCCAACAUGGGCAUGUUCCAGAGCAUCCCGCACAACGACCCAAUCAACGUGCUCGUGCGCGUCUACGUGGUCCGGGCGACAGACCUCCAUCCAGCUGAUAUUAACGGGAAGGCUGAUCCGUACGUGGUCAUCAAGCUGGGAAAAUCUGAGGUCAAGGACAAAGAGAAUUACAUCUCCAAACAGCUCAAUCCUGUAUUUGGAAAGUCCUUUGACAUCGAAGCCACGUUCCCCAUGGAGUCCAUGCUGACUGUGUCGGUGUACGACUGGGACCUGGUCGGCACCGACGACCUGAUCGGAGAAACCAAGAUUGACUUGGAGAAUCGCUUCUACAGCAAAUUCAGAGCCACCUGUGGCAUUUCAUCCAACUACUCUGUCCAUGGAUAUAACAUCUGGAGAGACCCGAUGAAGCCCAGUCAGAUCCUGGCCAAGCUCUGUAAGGACGGCAAGAUCGACGCGCCUCAAUACGGACCUGGAGGCAAAGUGAAGGUGGCCAAUCGAAUCUUCACGGGACCGACGGAUAUCGAGGAUGAAAACGGCCUGAAGAAGCAGACGGAGGAGCAUUUAGCCCUGACGGUGUUGAACCACUGGGAGGAAAUCCCUCGACUUGGCUGCAAGCUCGUUCCCGAACACGUGGAGACCAGACCGCUGCUGAACCCGGACAAACCGGGGAUCGAACAGGGCCGUAUCGAGAUGUGGGUGGACAUGUUCCCCAUGGAUAUGCCUGCUCCUGGACCUGCGAUCGAUAUAUCGCCGCGAAAACCAAAGAGAUAUGAGCUCAGGGUGAUUAUUUGGAAUACAGACGAAGUAAUACUGGAGGACGAUGAUUACUUCACUGGGGAAAAGUCCAGUGACAUAUUUGUCAGGGGCUUUGAGCUUCGUGUUGUUAUUUGGAACACUGAUGACGUAAUACUAGAGGACGAUGCUUUCAUGACAGGAGAGAAGAUGUCUGACAUCUAUGUCAGGGGAUGGCUUAAAGGACACCAGGAGGACAAGCAGGACACAGACGUGCACUACCACUCCCUGACUGGUGAGGGCAACUUUAACUGGCGCUUCGUUUUCCCCUUUGAUUACCUCAUGGCCGAGGAGAAGAUCGUCAUCUCUAAGAAGGAGUCCAUGUUCUCCUGGGACGAGACUGAGUACAAGAUCCCGCCUCGUCUCACGCUGCAGGUCUGGGACGCCGACCACUUCUCCGCUGACGACUUCUUGGGGGCCAUCGAGCUGGACCUGAACCGGUUCCCCCGUGGCGCCAAGACAGCCAAGCAGUGCUCCAUCGACAUGAUCCGCAACGAGCAGGAGCUGCCCACCAUUUCCAUCUUCAAGCAAAAGCGGGUCAAAGGAUGGUGGCCGUUCGUCGCCCGGGACGAGAACGACGAGAUGGAGCUAACGGGUAAAGUUGAAGCUGAGCUCCACCUGGUGACGGCGGAGGAAGCAGAGAAAAGUCCUGUAGGACUUGGACGAAACGAGCCCGACCCCCUGGAGAAACCAAACCGCCCAGACACCACCUUCCUGUGGUUCCUGAGCCCGCUGAAAGCCAUCCGCUACUUGGUGUGCAACCGCUACAAGUGGCUGAUAAUCAAGAUCGUGCUGGCCCUGCUGCUGCUCAUCAUGGUGGGCCUCUUCCUCUACAGCAUGCCGGGCUACCUGGUCAAGAAGCUUCUGGGAGCCUGAGUCACUGCCGGGAGGAUGGAGGAGGAGGAGGAGGUGGAGGAGGAGGAGGGUGGCAGGCCGGAUAAGCAGAAGGAUGGAUUCAUGAGCUAAUUGGGGAAAUGAAGAGAGUUCACCCAUGUGAAGAGAGACAGACAGAUGUAUAAUUGUAUUGUUUUCUCCCCUCUAAUCCAUUCUGAUCUUCAUCAUCAGCCCGCCACCUCCCACUCAGACGAGGUUCAGACACCAUCUGAAGUGACUUUUUCCCCCCAAAAGAUCAAGGAACUGCUUCACUCUCUAACCAAACUGCAACCAGCCUCACAAAUCUGCAUCCUUGAACUGACUAAACAGCGAUCACUGACCACACAGUAACCCUUCAUCCUCUUCUUUUAACGUGACGGUGAAUGUUUCUUUAUCUGUCUACACAGCUUCAGAUUUAUUUAUUUAUUUAUUCAUUGGAUUUUGUUGGGUUAGUGGUCGGAUGAUAGCAUGAACAUUCAUUUCAAGCGAUGUCCUCCCAAUACUUCUUGAUAAAUGGAACAAAAUAAAAGGAUUUUUCUGGUAACUAUUUAUUCCUUGACACCAUUUAGCAUUGUGAUUACCUUACUGGCUAGAUCGGGGAUGUCAAACAUGCAGCCCAGGGGCCAAACCCAGCCCGCUAGAGGGUCCAGAGCGGCCUAUGGGAUGAAAUUGCACAGUGUACGAUACACACAAAUUUGUAAUAGUUUCUAAUUUAUUUAAAUGUUUGAUGACAUUACGGACACGAUUAUGAGAACUACACCUGAACAACAGACGGCACAAAGCUACUGCAGUCCAAACUGGCCGGCAAAAUUACUGAAAAGAGUUUAGCAGCGGAGCGACAGGACUUCACCAACAUUAACGAUGGCAAAGAGGCACUCUUUUAUCUUUUACAAAGAAAAUUCAGACCGUUCAUCAAUGUUUGAAAAUAACUCCAUGGGUUUAUUGUUUAAGUGCACUUGAACAUGUACGAAAAAAAAGGGCCGUCGGUUGCUCCUGUUACAUGUGGCCCUCGCUCCAUAUUGCGUGUGGUGUCCAUUAUCCCGUUGAAAAUCUGCCUGUGGUUAAAAAAUCAUAAGCAUUGGAAUUGUUCUUUGUGAACCUGUGUUUCACUGAUAACAGUUGUUGUUUGCACUAAACUUGCCUGUUUUUACAACGAGCCCUGUGUAUUUACGUAUGUGUUUCAGUGUGUGCAAUAUUUCUGUUGGUUUUGACAAUUUGAAAUAAACUGGAUUUCCUGAACCACAUCAUCAA